UACACCGCCUGUAUUGCUAUGGUAGCGGCGUCCGGGUGGGCCGGGCCUGUAAGCUCCUGGCCCGACUGGGCCGUGUUUAUGGAGGACUUCACCUCCUGUCGGGCAUGAGCGGGGCCUCCCGCUGCCUUUCCUGCCGCUGCCGCAGCUUCCCGACUGUAGACUACCUCCGGGAACAUGCCUCAGGCUACCUACUGCUACGUGCGGGUCGUGGGCAGGGGCAGUUAUGGGGAGGUGACGCUCGUGAAGCAUCGGCGGGACGGCAAGCAGUACGUCAUCAAAAAACUGAACCUCCGAAAUGCUUCCAGCCGUGAGCGCCGAGCUGCUGAGCAGGAAGCUCAGCUCCUGUCUCAGCUCAAGCACCCCAACAUUGUCACCUACAAAGAGUCGUGGGAGGGAGGAGAUGGUCUGCUCUACAUCGUCAUGGGCUUCUGCGAAGGAGGGGAUCUGUACCGGAAGCUCAAGGAGCAGAAGGGGCAGCUCCUGCCUGAGAGUCGGGUGGUGGAGUGGUUUGUGCAGAUCGCCAUGGCUUUGCAGUAUUUACACGAGAAACACAUCCUUCAUCGAGAUCUGAAAACUCAGAAUGUCUUCUUAACCAGAACAAACAUCAUUAAGGUGGGCGACCUGGGGAUUGCCCGAGUGUUGGAGCAUCAUGGGGACAUGGCGAGCACCCUCAUUGGCACUCCCUAUUACAUGAGCCCUGAGCUGUUCUCAAACCAGCCCUACAACUAUAAGUCUGAUGUUUGGGCUUUGGGAUGCUGUGUCUAUGAAAUGGCCACCCUGAAGCAUGCUUUUAAUGCAAAAGACAUGAAUUCUUUAGUUUAUCGGAUUAUUGAAGGAAAGUUACCACCAAUGCCAAAAGUUUAUAGCCCAGAGCUGGCCGAGCUGAUCCGAACAAUGCUGAGCAGGAGGCCUGAGGAAAGACCCUCUGUGCGGAGCAUUCUGAGGCAGCCUUAUAUAAAACACCAAAUCUCCUUAUUUUUGGAGGCCACCAAAGCAAAAACUUCCAAAUAUAAUGUUAAAAACUGUGACUCCAAAGCCAAGCCUGUUGCUGCUGUAGUUUCCAGAAAGGAAGAAUCAAAUCAUGAAGUGAUUCACUACCAGCCAUGGCCUUCUGAGGGCUCCACUACACAUGUCAUGGGUGAAGAUAAGUGUUUGUCCCAAGAGAAACCAGUGGCCACUGGUCCGUUGAAAUCACCUGCUAGCCUCAAAGGCCACACUGGCAAGCCAGACAUGAACAAUACUGUGGAGUCACUUGCCACAAUCAGCAGGAUAAACAUCGAUAUCUUACCUGCAGAGAGGAGGGACUCAGCAAAUAAUGGCAUCGUUCAGGAGAGUCAACCGAAACAGCCGGACACCUCUAAUGAAGUCGACAGUCAGCGCAGUAUUUCUCAAGACAAGAGGGAGCGGCUGCAGGGUGAUAACAAGUCCAGCGAGCAGCCUGAAAAUCUGCUUCCCAGAUGGUCUUCUGAUGAUGGGGAUAGGGAUGGGGAUGAACCACUGAAGCCAUUGCAGCCCCUAAAUAAAGACCAAAAGCCAGAACAGGAUCAAGUUACUGGUGGAUGUAUAAUAGAAAAACAGGACAGCAUCCACCCAAGACUCCAGCCACACAACUCUGUGUCUGAACCUUCCGUGUCUCGACAGCGAAGGCAGAGAAAAAGAGAACAGACUGACCAUGGUCAGGCAAAGAGCCAGUUCCAAGAGUCACCCCCUCGGCUUUUGCCUUCCCCCCCUGCUGUUGGAAAAGUGGAUACCGUAGCAACAAGACAAAAUGAUGAAAACCAAAGUAGACCUGUGGCUGAGUCUGUAGACAGGUCAAGGAUCAGUUCAACAUCAUCGUCUAAGGAUCGACCGUUAUCGGCCAGAGAGAGGAGGCGACUGAAGCAGUCACAGGAAGAGACGCCCCCCUCAGGUCCUUCAGUUCGGAGCACUCCAAGUACAGCAGAGCCAGUAAAGCCACAGGAAGACCACCAGCCUGUUUCUGCCAGACCAUUCUCUUCUGACUGCAACAUCACUCAGGAAAAGAGACUUAUACAUGGUCUAUCUGAGGAUGAGUUAAGUUCUUCUACAAGCUCAACUGAUAAAUCAGAUGGGGAUUCCAGGGAGGGGAAGAGCCAUACAAAUGAAAUGAGUGACUUGGUGCAGCUGAUGACUCAGACUCUUAAGCUGGACUCUAAAGAGAGCUGUGACGAUCUCCUGGUACUAAAUCCAGUGUCAGAAUUCAAACUUCAUCGGAAGUAUCGUGACACGCUGGUGCUUCACGGCAAGGUUGCAGAAGAAGCGAAGCUCCACUGCGAGCAGCUGCCUUCAGCUAUCAUAUCGGGUUCUGAGAAGAUCAGGAGAAUAGUCGAAGUCUUGAGAGCUGAUGUAAUCCAGGGCCUGGGAGUUCAGCUUCUAGAGCGGGUGUAUGAUAUUUUGGAGGAGGAAGAUGAAUUGGAGAGAGAGGAACGAUUACGGGAGCACAUGGGGGACAAGUAUACAGCUUACAGUGUGAAAGCUCGCCAGUUGAAGUUUUUUGAAGAAAAUGUGAAUUUUUGAGAUUUGUUCUAAUGUGCUGCCAGAACUAAAGACUAUUUUCAAAGGUUUUUCAAUCUAUACAACAACAACAACAACAAACCUGUUUCAGUUACUCAGAGGCCACUUGCCAUCCUCCAGGCUCUCUUUGGAGUCUUCUUAUUAUAUAACAUUAGACAGGCUAGCCUAACAUGAAACAUGUUCACAAAAGAAAAAACCUUGAAUAUCAUUUUAUUUUUACGAGGAAAAAUGUUCUAUUUGUUACUGUUUACUGAGCCUUAAAUCAACUUUAUAUCUAGUUUAUUUUUAAAGAUAUUAACUAGCUAGAAAUGGGGCCAGAAAACGUUGGAUUAUAUUGUACUGCAGUGAUAAAAGCAAGAAGAGAAAAAACUGGCAUCUCCUUCUACUUGCUAUUGUUUAUAACCUUCGAGAGUAGUGAUGUUUACUCGAUAAUGUCCACUUAGUGUUCUGGGAAUAGAGUUAAAGACCAUGAAAGUCUAUGUUGCAUAUGAACAACCUUUUUUUUAAAUUUAAUCUGAACCUUAGUGGGGUUCAGUCUUCAGACUCUUAGAACUCUUGUUCAGUCUGAAGUGUAGCUUAUAACUCAUUUCUUUUUUCCAUCAGCAAAGACAUCUCUUAAACGUGAAUUCUUCUUUCAACUAAGCAAUGUCUACGGAAAGUCCAGGUCCUUAGUUCAGUUGGUUAUAGGCAAUGUCUGUCUUUAUGUACAAUAAAGUGUCAGUUGAGUUUCUA